UCUUCUUCUCCUUCACCGCGCUGAAGCAAUAAGAAUCGGGAAAACCGCAUUAAAAUCGCUGAAAAAAGUGCACAAAUCGGCUUUAAAUUAUUGCCCAAUUACUAGUGUUACGUUUAUAUCGAGAGAUUUUAUAAAUUGCAACAGCCAACGGUUUUUUCCAUCAAGGCCAACAACAACACUAAGCGAGCAUAGGACACGUUAGGGAUUUACCUUUCAAUGGCCGCCACUACCACAACAACAACCACAACACUAGCAACAACCACCGGCAAUAGCAGCAGCACAAACAACAACAGCAGCAACAACAACAACAGCAUCGCCAGCAGCAACAACAACAACAUUGUUACCGUACACGCCGUACUGAACAACCCACCCACCAAUACUGCAGGCGGUGGUGUAGCCGACGCCGCCACCGUUGCCAUUGCCAAGGACAUGUUGCAGCUGCAUCAUGGCGCAGCAGCAGCAGCAACAGCGGCGCUGAACAACAACAAUAAUAGCAGCAGCAACAACAACAACAGCAGCGCCGAUCAGCUGACCAGCAACAGCAACAAUUCAGCAAACCACCCACCUGCCACCAGUAGCACCAACAACUCUUCCUCCACCUCCAACUCCUCCGCCAACACCACCACCCCCUCCGGCAAUGCCGCAUCGACAUUAACAUCAUCUGCCCCGCCAUAUGGAGAGCUACGCUUCAAUCAGGAGGUACUGCCCAUCACGGACGCCGUGACAGUGAUCGGACGCAACUCCUCCACGUCGCUGGUUCACUUCAACGUGGCCGAGAACAAUCUUGUGUCGCGCAAACACUUUCAGGUGCUCUACGAUGUGGAGCUGCGAGCCUUCUUUGUCCAGUGCCUCAGCAAGAAUGGCAUCUUUGUGGACGAUUUCCUGCAGCGGCGCAACGUGGAUCCGCUUCGUCUGCCGCAGCGCUGCUACUUCCGCUUCCCGAGCACAGAGAUUCGCAUCGAGUUCGAGAGUUAUGUGCCCGCCACUUCAUCGGAUGCAAUUGCCGGUCAUUCGCCAUCGCUGGUCGUGGGUGGUGGUGGAAGUGGAGUAGCUGGUGGUGGAGCACACGUUAUUAUUACACCGCCACCGAGGGACGAACUUCACCAGCAGCAAUUGCAUCACCACCAGCAACAGCAGCAGCAGCAGCUGCAACAGCAUCCGCACCACCCGCCAGCGCACCACCUACCGCUGCAGCAGCAGCAACCGGCGCACCACCAGCUCCCGCACACACCACACCACCCGCUCCACCACACAGCCCUGCACCAGCAGCAACAGCGUAGUGGCAGCAUCGUUGUGGCGCCUCCAGCUGGAGCAGCUGCCCACCUAAUCGCCGGCGAUGGUCCCGGCAUAUAUUCACCGCUCAAGAUAUCCAUACCCAAGAAGGAGCAGAAGAGCCCCUACCUGUCACCAACUGGUACAAUAAGCGCUGCCAACAGUUGUCCGGCUAGUCCACGUCAGGGUUUCAUUCAGAAUCAGCCCAAUAAUUACAACAACUACGGCAACAACAAUACACAGGAUCUGUUCCAGACUCCCUCCACAGCCAGCUACAAUCACAACGAGAAGCCGCCGUAUAGCUAUGCCCAGCUGAUCGUUCAGGCCAUAUCUGCCGCUCCGGACAAGCAGCUAACGCUCUCGGGCAUUUAUUCGUUUAUAGUCAAGCACUACCCCUACUAUCGCAAGGAGACGAACAAGGGCUGGCAGAAUUCCAUACGUCAUAAUCUCAGUUUGAAUAGGUAUUUCAUCAAGGUGGCCCGCUCUCAGGACGAGCCCGGAAAGGGUUCCUUCUGGCGCAUUGAUCCGGACAGCGGUGCCAAGCUGAUCGACCAUAGCUACAAGAAGCGUCGCCAGCGAAGCAGCCAGGGCUUCCGCCCUCCAUACGGGAUGCCCCGCUCGGCGCCCGUCUCGCCCAGUCACAUGGAUAAUUCGCGCGAGAGCUCACCGCUCCAAGAUAUUGUGCUGCAAUCAGCACCUGGAUCACCAGGAAUGUCGCUGGAACAGCGCGCUGCUGAUGCCGAAAUUAUCUACAACUCUCAGAAUGCACACCAGCAACAGCAGCACCAACAGCAGCAGCAGCAGACACUGUCAAACAAUUCCAAUCAGUACAGUAGUGGCAGUCCGUACUACGUAACUAAUCAAAGCUCUGGAGUGUCCGCACAACAGUCGCAUGCCGAGGGAAGCGCAGCGAGCGGAGGCGGCGGGGUUGGAGCUCUGAUUGCGCUAAAGAGGAACCAUGUGAUGGGCGGCGGGGCAUCGCAUACGCUGCAUCAGCAGCAGGCCGUGGCACAGCAGCAGCAUUCAGAGAUUAUCUACGAGGAGUUGCCGACCGACUACAGUGGUCACAUUGAGGCCAGCGAGGAGGAGUGCGUCACCACUGCCACCGAUGCCACCGUGGCCAAGCGACCCAAGUAUGUGUCGGAAGUGCUCUGAUGCGUGCGGAUCCAGAAGCACCGGCAGAACAAGGGCAAAUAGUGAGCCCCAUGGGUGGAAACGAUUAGAAAGCAAAACAAAAAGUAUCUCCAUCUUGUAUAUUGAAUUUGCCAAUCCAAAACCUACCUAUUACCCAAGAAACAAAUCAAAUUAAAUAGCGAUCCCCCCAAAAACACAACACACAACUUAAGAAACAUGAACGCGUGCACGCAAAGCAAAGCAACACGAAAGCAAAUUGUAUAAAUUGAUAUGGAACAUUUUACAAAUAGCAACUGUGAGAUUGUGUUUGAAAUGUUGGCCAAGCAACCGUUCAACGGCGGCGACUGCAAGCACACUUUUUGAAAUUCGAUACCCGAUUCGAAGUUACGACUUAAUCCCUUAGAUCUGACGAAUUCAAUAUGCUCGAUGACGCUACUCUCUAAGUAAUAUAAUAAAAUUUAAGUUUAAAGCGAGGUAAAGCAGCAAACAAAGCAAAAUUAUCUAGAUAUAUGCGAUUGAUUAUUGUAAUGAUUGAUGAUUAUGAUGUUUAAGAUGUUAUAGCUAUGUGACCGAAUUGUGCGAGAAGCGUGAAAAAAUUUGGGAAAAUCAAGUAACAAGCAACCAACCACACAAGUAACAAACAAACAAACAAACAGGCGAAUGAAUAAUAUUACCUAUCUACAUACCUUUACCUAUAUCGAUUUAAAUAUAAUAUAUAUAUAUAUGUGUAUAUAUAUAUGUAUAUCUAUAUUAAUAUAUAUACAAAUUAUUAAAAUACAAACAAAAACAAAAAUGAUGAAAAUAAAUAAGUAAUAUCUACAAAUUUACGGAUACAAUAACAAUAUAUAAAGAUUGAAAUGAUA